UUUAAUAGUGUAUUAUUAUAUCAAUUAUGUUUAUUAAGCAUAUAUUGCUAACAGUUUUGUUUGUCUACUACACCACCACUACCCGUAUCGGUGGUGUUGCCGGCAAAUCGGUCAGCGAUUUAGAUGAUCUCAAAUAUUCGGGUGCCGCCGAUGAGGCCAACACUUUUAUAUUGUUGGGUAUUACUGGCGAUCUAUCCCGUAAAAAGUUGAUGCCAACACUAUUUACUCUAUAUAAGGAAGAACUACUACCAAAAGGUAUCCAAAUCGUUGGGUUCGGCCAUUCAAAGACAACUGUCCCCGACCUGAGAAAACAGGUCGACCCGUAUGUUCAUCUGAAAGACGAGAGGGAACGUCAACUGUACGAUGAAUUCUGGAAGAUUGUCCAGUAUUUUUCGGGCGAUUCGACCAAAUCGGCCGACUAUAAGCAAGUGGUGGAUGCGUUGGCCAAAAUCGAAUCGGGUAAACCAGUGGCCAAUCGGUUGAUUUAUUUUGCAUUGCCACCGAACCUGUUUGCCGAUACGGCUCGAGCGUUGAAAGAGACAGUGGAGUCGAAAACCGGUUGGACACGAAUGGUCAUCGAAAAGCCGUUCGGCAAAGAUAGUGAAUCGUCGGACGUGUUGUCCAAAGUCCUGAGCAGUUUGUUUCGCGAAGACCAGAUCUACCGCAUCGAUCACUAUCUGGGCAAAGAAAUGGUACAGAAUUUGUUGGCCUUGAGGUUCGGUAAUCGCCUGCUGGAGCCCCAGUGGAACAAUCGGCAYGUGGCCAACAUUGAAGUACUGUUUAAGGAACCGUUUGGUACCCAAGGAAGGGGCGAUUAUUUUGAACAGUACGGUAUUAUUAGGGAUGUCGUACAAAAUCAUUUGCUUCAGGUGCUAGCAUUGGUUACUAUGGAACGGCCGGAGAGUAGCGAUGCCGAUAAGAUUAGAAAUGAAAAGCUAUACCUAUUGCAACACAUGAAAACCCUGGUAGUCGAUGAUGUAGUAUUAGGUCAAUACGUACGCAAUCCCAAUGGUGUCGGCGAAGCCAAUACCAGUUAUACGGAUGACCCGAAAGUACCGAAAAACUCGACAGCGGCCACCUAUUCGCUGGUCGUAUUGCAUGUGGACAAUGAUCGCUGGCGCGGAGUACCGAUGUUUAUUAGGUCGGGUAAGGCUACCGAUGAAAGUCGGGUAGAAAUCAGAGUCCAAUACAAACCGGUAGACGAAGAUUUGUUUGGCGGACAGUCCCGACCGGAUCAGACAGUUAUCAGAAUACAGCCAAAUGAAGCCGUCUAUCAACGUUUGAAUAUCAAAAGGCCGGGUAUGGGUAACGAUUUGAUACAAACGGAACUGGACCUGACCUAUGCCACACGUUUCUAUACGGCCGAACUUCCCGACGCCUACGAAGUCCUAUUGUUGGACGUGUUUGCCGGCCGUCAGACAAAUUUUGUCCGUACCGAUGAACUGGCCGAAGCCUGGCGUGUAUUUACGCCAGCCCUCCAUCAGAUUGACCAACAAAAACAAGCGCCAGUUAAGUAUGUAUUUGGCUCCCAGUCCUUCAAGGAGGCGGACGAUCUGGAAAUCAAAUACGGACUCAAACGGGAUAACUAUUAGACGAUUGACUAAUUGAUUGAUUGAUUGAUUUUUUUGUGUGUCUGUAUAAAACAAAAACUCAUAACAUUUGUGUCAUUUAAUAUAAUAUAUCAUUAAAUUUUAAUUUUUAAUUUUAAUUUUAUUA